GCCGAAAAAAAACCUGGCCAGCCUGCUGGGGCUUGACUUGAAAGCCAAACAACAUGUAUCAUCAAACUUUAAGCUUUGGUAUUGUAAGAAGAGUAAAAACUUGUGGCUUUCUCAUCUUGGGAGGUCUUCAUCGACUUGUCAUCCACGCUCUGCAAACUGCAAUCCAAGUUCUUCAUAUCUGGUUGCGCGUCUCUCUAUUAUUGGCCAUCGCGCUCAAGCUCUCCAUAUGGACCAAUUUUGAACUGUUCCAAAGAUACCUACCCAAUCACACUCAUCAGCUCCACAUCCCCUUAAACUUCAUAGUCUCCAAUUACCAGGAAUCCGGGUUGACUUCGACUCACCUUCAGGGUAAAGUUCUUUUAACGACACGGCCAAACAUCUCCAUGCCCAUGGUUCCACCUAGCCAUUCAAUCUUGGUUUCGGGACAAUUGUAUUCUCUUUCCAUCGUCCUGCAUGUGCCCGAAUCGCCGCCAAAUCUCACUCAAGGCAUGUUUAAGAUGUGCUUGAACUUGGUGAAUGUCUGGGGUAACUCGACCCUUAUAGCCGAAGAUCCCCGAAGUUCCCAAUGGUCUUUCCCGGAUCCCAAGUUCGGCAUGUGCCGAUUGGGGUUGCUCAAAUAUAGCUCUAGCUUGGUACAAAGCAUUUCUGGCCUGAUACGAUUACCUUUAUUCAUGGCUGAUUGGGACUCUCAAGGACAGAUUCUGACCUUUCCUGUCACCUUCAGUCACCAGGAGAAUCCAAUCAAUCCCUCAUCGCACGUGAUACUGACCAUUUUGAGCCCCGAUCUAGAAGUUUAUGAUGCCAGUGUGAUCCUUUCCACGCAAUAUCAUGGGCUUCGAUACCUCAUGUUCCACCAUCCCUACAUUACUAGCUUUCUGCUCAUUCUAAUGGGAUUUUAUGCAUUUAUUGCCCUUCUCGGAGUGUCAGGAAUGUUCCG